UUUGUUUAUUCAGGGCGGACCCUCUCUGUUCAGCAGGGAUCAAGGAUCUUGUUUUUAACACUUGCCGCCCAUCACCCAUAAUCAAAACGCAAACAUGAAGAACUGAGAAGUGUGAUUAAGUUGCAGCGCUGUUUUUAUCCUGCACGUCGGCGGCUUCCGGACAAGGAUGAGGGAUCUUCAAGCCAUUGACAGCUUGCUCUUGAAAGAGUUGAAGUCAUGUUGUGCAAAAGAGUACAACUUUCUUCCCAGAGAGACUGGCCUGAAGCUUAUGGAGUCGGCCUCCACAGAGAAUCACAGCGGAGUGUCUGCAAAAUGCAGAGACACCAGAGUGGAGGAACUGUGGGGCCUGACCAGUUUCUUUGGCUACAGCACCCAAACUUUUGUUCAAGCUGUCAAUUUGCUUGACAGAUUCCUGACCAUUAUGAAGGUGCAGCCCAAACAUUUGCCCUGUAUUGGAGUGUGCUGUCUUCACAUUGCUGCCAAAAUGGUUGAGAAAGAGAGCAAUGUCUCACCCACCCAUGAACUAAUUCGCAUCAGCCAAAGCAAGUUCACUGUGUCAGACCUCUGUCGCAUGGAGAAGAUCGUCUCGGAGAAGCUCAGUGUGGAGCCUGAAGCAGUGACAGCCUUAACCUUUCUACACCUCUACUACUCAGCCUUCACAUCCCUUUCUGCGGGAAGGGAGGAGAUCCCAAGCAUUGGGAGACUGGAAGCCCAGCUAAAAGCCUGCUUUUGCCGGCUUGUUUUCUCUAAAGCAAAACCAUCAGUGCUGGCACUGUCCCUCAUUGCUCAGGAGUUUGACGCCCUCCAGUCCACCACCAUGUUGAAGAUUGUCCAGCAAUUCCAAAGACAUGUUAAGAUCAGCGACAGCGAGCUCCUCCACUGGAAGGAACUUGUGGCCAAGUGCAUGACUGAAUACUGCUCAAGCGAAUGUAACAAACCAGACAACAAAAAGCUUGUUUGGAUCGUGUCCAGGAGAACAGCUCAGAAUCUCCAGGCCAAUCACUUCAGUGUACCUGGCCUGCCAACUAUCCCCGAGGGGAGCUGGGACGAGAGUGAGAGCGAGGACUCUUGUGAGGACAUGAGCUGUGGAGAAGACAGUCCAUGGGGCUCGCCAGGAAGCGACGGCGAAGGAGCCUUCUUCCCCUCCACCUUUCUCAGCUGCAGAAAGUGAUGAGUCCUCAAUGUGCAGUAGCAACCGAUGUCUAUUUGUCCCCUGAAUUGUAACUGAUUUUAAGGUGGUCACCGUGUUUCAGAGCAAACCUGAGUGUUUCACUUGUCAUACCGUGUGUACUGUAGGCAUGUCAAGUGACAGGUUUCGAUCAUUAAGUGCCUGUGUUACUUCACGUUACUGUCUGUUUCUUUGAAAAAAAACCCAACAUAUCGUAAUAAUGCGAAAUUGCAAUAUCUUGGCAGCUUGAUGGUAAUACAUCUGAAUGUCUCUUUUUCCCAAGAUGUUCUCUUUGUGUUUGUUUGUGUCCGAACUCGGCACAUUCCAGGAAAAAUAGUGAAGCACAAGGGAGAAUUUAUGGAUGUCAGACAUGAGGUACACUCUCUGUUAAAUAAAUACCAGCUAACAUACUAGCACAUCCUAAAUCUUUUUUUAAGUUUUUAUACUCCAUACCAUCAAUAUAUACAGUAUUCUGCAAAUGUAUGUUAUACACAAUUCUAAUGUGACAUAUAUGACAUUGUAGUGUGAAAAUCCCAGACUAUAUGCAUGGAUACAAUGAAUCACGUGAUUAUGAAUGGUUGUUGUCCAUGUUGACCAAGAUAAGCUUACUGUAAAAAAAAAUGUUAAAAAAAUGUACAUAACCUGUAAAAAAAGAAGAAAAAAGUGUAUGUUUUGUGAAUGCUACACAAUGUGUGUUGUAUUUGGAUAUAAUGUGAACCAUGUUGGAAGGGUCAGAAAUCAUCCUUCCAAAUAAAGAAAGUACUUUUUAUCUACA